AUGGCCUCGAUAUCACUUUUGAACCCAAAAGCAGAGUUCGCAAAGGCUCAAAAUGCCUUCCGAAUUAAUACUACAGCCGCGCGUGGGCUGUAUGAGGUGCUGAGGACAAAUCUUGGACCCAAGGGUACCAUGAAGAUGCUGGUGUCAGGUGCUGGUGAUAUUAAGAUUACAAAGGAUGGGAAUGUUCUUCUUCAUGAAAUGCAAAUUCAACAUCCGACAGCAAGCUUGAUAGCCCGGGUUGCUACCUCUCAAGACGAUUCUACCGGUGACGGGACUACAUCAGUUGUCAUUCUUAUUGCCGAACUUUUAAAACAGGCUGAACUUCUUAUUAGCGAGGGCCUGCAUCCUCGACUCGUCACAGAGGGUUUUGAUCUUGCCAGAGAAAAGUGCAUGGAAUUUCUCGAUGAAUGCAAAAUUGAUGUUGCUUCGGAUAUGCCCGAAAAGGCCAUUCUCCUUGCAGUCGCUGGUACUUCCUUGCGCACGAAACUGCACCCGGAUUUGGCGGAUCACCUUGUAGAGCCGGUCGUUGAUGCUGUCCUUGCCAUUAAGCAGCCCAACGAAGAACUUGAUCUUCAUCGGAUAGAGAUCAUGGAAAUGCGCCAUAAAACCGAUAUGGACACCACUCUUAUUAGAGGUCUUGUGAUGGACCAUGGUGGUAGGCAUCCUGAUAUGCCGAAACGGGUCACAAACGCCUACAUUCUUACCUGCAAUGUUUCAUUGGAGUAUGAGAAGACCGAAAUCAACUCUGGCUUCUUCUAUAAGACUGCUGAGGAGCGUGAGAAGAUGGUCAAAUCUGAGCGCGAGUUCAUCGAUAAACGUGUGCAAGCCAUCAUUGAGCUGAAGCGAAAUAUGUGCGAUAUCGAUGCUGGCAAGGGUGACUCAAAACCAGGUUUCGUUGUCAUGAACCAAAAGGGCAUCGAUCCUAUCUCCCUCGACGCUCUUGCUCGGGAGGGCAUCUUGGCACUUCGUCGUGCUAAACGCCGCAACAUGGAACGCUUAGCUCUAGCUUGCGGCGGCUAUGCGGUCAAUUCUCUGAACGAUCUUACUCCCGAUUGUUUGGGCUACGCUGGUCUAGUCUAUGAAUAUGUUUUAGGUGAGGAAAAGUAUACAUUUGUCGAGGAGUGCAAGAAUCCGCGGUCUGUUACUCUUCUUAUCAGGGGUCCUAACAAAUACACCAUAACUCAGAUCAAGGACGCGCUCAAGGAUGGCCUUCGUUCUGUAAAGAAUACUUUUGAUGAUGGUUGUGUCGUACCUGGAGCCGGCGCUUUUGAGAUUGUGGCUCACCGGGGCUUGAAGAAAUUCGAGGAGACCGUUAAGGGACGUGCUCGUCUGGGCGUUAGGGCAUUUGCCGAUGCGCUACUCAUCAUUCCCAAGGUCUUGGCUACAAACUCGGGUCACGAUCCCCAGGAGACGAUUGUGAAGCUGUUAGAAGAGGCUUCUCAAGUAGAAAAACGCAAAGGUACUUCAAGGCAACUGGUGGGUCUGGAUUUGGCCACGGGUGAGGUUAUGGAACCCGCCGGGGCGGGUAUCUUAGAUAAUUACAACGUCAAGAAGCAGAUGGUUGGAUCCGCUGCUGUUAUCGCCACCAACCUCUUACUCGUCGACGAAAUUAUGCGCGCCGGUCUAAGCUCGCUCAAGGGUUGA